AUGCAGUCCUUAUUCGACACUGUAGAGCACGUCCUUCCAGGCCAGCACAUCCGUGAGUAUGUUCACAGCAUCAACGGACCACAGGAAACUGUUAUACAGCUUGCGGCGAAACAAUAUAUCCCCAAAGAUCGGCUCAGCCCCGUACCUGAGAAUGCAAUCACCAUCAUCGGGACUCACGGGACCGGGUUCCCAAAGGAACUGUAUGAACCACUCUGGGAGGAUCUAUAUACGAAGAUGAAGGAAAAGUCGAUCCCUCUACGGGCGAUAUGGAUAGCCGAUAUUUCGAAUCAAGGUGUCAGCGGUGUCUUGAAUGAAAGAUCCCAGGGUGAUACGACAAACUGGUUUGACCAUUCGCGAGAUCUACUGCAAAUAAUCAACCACUUCCGCGAUGAAAUUCCUCGACCGAUUAUUGGCGUUGGUCAUAGUAUGGGGUGUGCUCAACUCAUAAACCUCUCGAUCAUUCACCCGCGGCUGCUAUCCACACUUGUCAUGUAUGAACCAGUAAUUAUCGACAAAUCAGUUGCAGGACCCAACCCUGCCAAGUUUGCUGCUAUCAAACGAGAUUUGUGGUUGUCCAGGCAAGAAGCUGAAAUCAAUAUUCGCAAAGCACUUCGCAAAUGGGACCCUCGCGUGGUUGAUCGAUACCUUUGUUUCGGAUUUCGAUCAGUACCAACACGGCUGUACAAUCCCAGCACUGAUUCAAACGUGCCCGAAACUGCUGUAACUUUAACAACAUCUAAACAUCAAGAAGCUUGGAGCUAUACUAUUCCGAAUCUGGAGCCCGAGUCCGCUGGAAUUGAUCGACUUCUGCUGUCAGACUGGAAUUUUGAUUCGGCGCGCGAUUCCAUAUUUGCUCGACCGGAGUGCUACAUCACCUCUCGAAAUCUGCCCUUUAUUCGCCCAAGUGUGCUCUGGGUAUAUGGAGGACAGAGUUACUUAUCACCACCAGAGGCGCAAGACUCAAAACUCAAUGUGACCGGGACUGGAGUGGGUGGCAGUGGAGGUGUCAAGGAAGGAAUGGUUGCCAAGGCAGUUUUGGAAAAAGGAUCCCACACGCUUGUCCUGGAAGAUAUCAAUUGGAGUGCUACUCGCGCAUCUGAAUGGAUUCAGAAAUGGUUUUUGAGAUGGACAGAGGACGAAAAGUUCUGGAAAGAGUAUCGAAGCAAACGAUCAGAUUCGGAUAUGUUGCGGCUUUCCGAGGAGGCUUUCAAGGUCACACAGCUACAGAAGCACUUGAAGAACGCAUCAUAG